AUGUCCCGUCUCCGUGUUCACGCCCCCCUGUCAUACUUUCCUUCUUGUAGAACCGGAGUGGCGGUAGCCAACUCAUCGACACAGCCGAGCGGCAUGGUGAGGCUGAUGCAGCAAUCCGGGGCCAGAACUGGACGAAAGCUUUCUGGCGCUAUUUCAACCCCCGGCGUGCUGGCAGAAAAAUUACGAGACGCUGCUCGGAGAGGACGGUGGAAACCAUCGGCUGAGGUUUCGAUCCGUCACCGCGUCCACCUGGGCAGCUCGAGCCGCACGAUUCUAUCGGGGAUAUCUUACAACUGGCCGAGGGCGAUGCCGCUACAUCUACAAGGACGAAAGCCUGGCCGAGGGUUAUGCCGCUACAUCUACAAGGACGAAAGCCUGGCCGAGGGUUAUGCCGCUAAUCUACAAGGACGAAAGCAUCUUGUCGAUGACUGGCGAGAUGCCACUCUCUUAUCUUAG